AUGGAAAUUUUUCCAAAGAAGAAUUCAGAUACAAUACUGAGCUUUGAGAACCUUGUACUUAAUACGAAGGUAAGUCCCAGCAAAUUCAUCAGCGGGCCAUGAGAUCUUUAGUACUUGGAAACUUCUGAACCCACUUCCUCCUCCUGUGCAUCUUCUCCUGAACUUUCACAAUCCCACAGAAUCUCUGCGGAAAAGAAGAAGGAUAGACUUUGUUGGAAUGCUGCCGAACAUGUUAAGAUGGUCUUUCCAAUCCUUGAUUGGCUUCCAAAAUAUAAAUGGAGCGAUGAUUUUUUGGAUGACAUUUGCUCUGGCUUCAGUUUGGGAUGUUUUCAUAUUGCACAGAGUAAGUUACAGACAUCGUAACUUAUAAUUAUGAUUUUUAGCCUUUGCCUGUGCACUACUUGCUGGUCUCCGACCGAUCCACGGAUUAUACACAACUCUAUUCACAUUGUUGUUAUACCCAGUCUUUGGAUCAUCACCAACAGCAUCUCUGGGAAGUGGACCUUUUAUCGCAUUGAUGCUGAAUGUUGCAACUCUCAAAACACUCAACUCUCUUCAUGAACAACGUGAUAUAAUAAUGAUGGCAUCCAGCACGGAGUACGAUCAGAGUAUUGAUGACCAUACAUAUGAAGAGAUUGUUCAAGUGACUUGUCUCUUAUGCGGAAUCUUCCAAGUUGUAAUUGGGAUCUCCCGACUGAAUUUGGUAUUGUCACUCGUCUCCUGGGAAGUUUAUUCUGCAUUUGGGGCUGGCACUGUAACCCAUAUCUUUGUGGCUCAAAUGGCCAGAUUUCUUGGGCUAAGACCGAAAGGAAGUCGUCUUGAGGUUGGGUAUAUCUUCGGUGUAAGUCUACAUAGAACAUGGACAAAUUUCGCUGAAAACAUUUUAGCACGCUUUCGAGCUAUGUGCGUCAUUGCCGCAAGCAAAUGUUAUCACAGUACUCAUAUCAAUUACUGGCUUUGCGGUUUUGUUUGUGGGAAAAGAUUACAUAAAUCCCAGAGUAUUGGCGGUCUCCAGGUAUAAGGUGGCCAUCCCUUGGAAUACUCUGCUGUACAUUGCUUCAGGGCUUACCGUGAUGGUUUUUGGAUGGCAUAAAACUGGGGGAGUUUCAAUUGUUGACACUAUCCGUACAGAGUAAGCCCAUUUUCUUUACUCACAAUAAGAUUUUCAAAUUACUCUUUCAUUAGCCGGAUAUAUUUUUCUUUAGUUUUCCACGGCUUAUCAUUCCCAAAAUCCGGUUAGAAAUCGUCUCAUUAGUCUGGCUGGAUGCUUUUGAAAUCGCCCUAGCCUCAUAUGCCGUGCAUUGGACAUCCUGUAAAUUACUCAGCAAGAAGAGCAAGGUCAAACCUCGGCGAUUACAAGAGUCAUUUGCUUUGGGAAUAAUCCAUGUCAUCUUAUCCUUUGUCGGCGGAUAUCCAGCUUCAGCACCGCAAGCUCGAGCCGUUUUAGCAAUGGAAACCGCGGCUAAAUCGCAGGUGAGUGAAUGACGAGGACUUUCCAGGAAGAUUUGAAUUUUAGAUUCACUCAUUUGUCGCUUUAUUGACGUUCAUACUUAAUUACUACGUGUUUGCUCCAAUCUUCAAGUACUUACCAGUCUGUAUUAUUGGCGUUUUCAUUAUGUUUGGAUUCAAACCUCUGAUUUUGAACGUUCCACCGACAUUGGUCAAGCUGUAUAACGCAUCCAUAUUGGAUCUUGUAAGACCAAAAUAACUUUUUAUCAACUUUGAAAUUCAGUCUAUCUGGAUCCUCACAUACUCUUGUACAGUCGUAUUCAAUGUCGUUGAUGGGUUUCUUUUGGGAAUCCUCAUAUCUCUUGGUGGAGUUAUAAUCCGGCUUCAUUAUCAACCGACAACCAAAGAAAAGAGCAUAUCUACUUCAACAAAUGGGAUAACUCAUCAAAUUUUCGACAAAGCUUGUACCAUAAGUUUGAACGGGUGUUUAGUAAGUUUCAAAUAACCGAACUAUGUGUUUAGACAUUUCUCAAUCUUCAUAAUCUCGAACAAUUUUCAAAGACAUAUCAAGAAACACUACGAACCGCUGAGAAAGUUGUAUUCGAUCUUCAAUCUGUUAAUUUUGUUGAUUUUACUAGUGCAGCAGAGCUGGGAAAUGUAAGUAAAACUUUAAUGCCUUAAAAGCAAGUAAUUAACACAAAAUUUAAAAUUGAUUUUGCAUAAAUUCAUCAGAAAUUUCAAUACUUUUUGUCAUGUUUUAUUCUCCAUGCUUUUCCAGGUCAAACUAUCUCUCGAAUCGACAGGUCAUCAUCCCCAAUUCAACCGGAUACCCCCUAAAAUCCGACGUGCCUUAAAAACCGUAGGAAUCUCAGAAGAAUCGUAA